GCACAGAUACGAUGUCGUGUAAUUGCACUUAGUUCGGCUUUGUUUGUCCAUUCAAUUGAGCGAAAUAUCCGCUCCAAUGAACAUUUUCCCACACAAGCGUAACGGCCUUCCGUUCUCCACCCUUCUCUCGCUCCUCUCUUCAUCGCUACACAAUUCUGUUGCUCCAGGAGACUCUCUCUCUCCCUCUCUUUCUCUCCUUUUCAAUUUUGAUCGAUCUCUCGGUCUCUGAAUCAUUGUGUUCUCGAGCUUGAUUACUGAUCGGCGGCGUUAUUUAUCAUGUCACUAUCCGAUGCUGAUUCGUCUUCCCAUGCCGGAGGGCACAAAUUCUUUCGUCAAAUCAGUCGUGAACGUCUUCUGAAUGAAAUGCUGGGAUCAACAAGAACAGGAGAUUCAAGAUCAGCAUGGAGGGUACUCAUCAUGGAUAAAGUAACAGUCAAAGUCAUGUCUCAUAUUUGUAAAAUGUCGGAUAUCACAGACCAAGGGAUUUCAUUGGUGGAAGAACUUUUCAAGAGGAGGGAACCCUUACCCUCCAUGGAUGUUAUAUAUUUUAUCCAGCCAAUAAAAGAGAAUAUUGUCAUGUUCUUGUCUGACAUGUCUGGAAGGGAGCCUUUAUAUAAGAAAGCAUUUGUUUUUUUCAGUUCACCAAUCCCGAAGGAACUGGUUAAUCACAUCAAAUGUGAUACAAGUGUACUACCCCGUAUAGGUGCACUUGGAGAGAUGAAUCUGGAAUACUUCCCUAUAGAUAAUCAGGCUUUUACCACCGACCAUGAAGGAGCAUUAGAAGAACUAUAUAGUGAAAGGUCUGAGAACUCUCGCAGAUUUGAUGCUUACUUGAAUGUGAUGGCGACUCGAAUUGCAACAGUUUUCGCUUCAUUAAAGGAGCUGCCCUAUGUGCGUUUUCGAGCUCCCAAAACAGAUGGAUCUACAGAAACAACAUUUCGCGAUACAGUUCCCUCAAAGCUUGCGGCUGCUGUGUGGAACAAUAUUCUCAAGUAUAAGUCCAUUCCUAACUUUCCACAAAACGAGACAUGUGAGCUGCUCAUCCUGGAUAGAUCUGUUGAUCAGAUUGCUCCGGUCAUACAUGAAUGGACUUAUGAUGCCAUGUGCCAUGAUUUACUAGAUAUGGAUGGAAAUAAGUAUGUAUUCGAGGUACCUAGUAAAAGUGGUGGUGACCCUGAGAAAAAGGAAGUCCUUCUAGAAGACAAUGAUCCGGUCUGGCUUGAGCUUCGCCAUGCACAUAUAGCAGAUGCUAGUGAACGUUUGCAUGACAAGAUGACCAACUUUGUUCAAAAGAAUAAAGCUGCACAAAUGCAACAAACAGCAAGAGAUGGUGGUGAAAUUUCAACACGAGAUAUGCAGAAAAUUGUUCAAUCUUUACCGCAAUACAAUCAAGUAGUUGAGAAGCUCUCUCUUCAUGUUGAGAUGGCUGGAAAAAUUAACAAAAUUAUCAGAGAAAUAAGGCUUCGAGACCUUGGGCAACUAGAGCAGGAUCUUGUAUUUGGAGAUGCAGGAGCUAAGGAAGUUAUCAACUUUAUAAGGACGAACCAGGACGCAUCUCCUGAAAAUAAGCUUCGUUUGUUGCUGAUUUACGCAAUUGUGUAUCCAGACAAAUUUGAGGGUGACAAAGCUACAAAACUAAUGCAGUUGGCCAGGUUAUCAGAAAAAGAUAUGACAGUUGUGAAUAAUAUGCGACUGCUGGCGGGAUCAUCUGCUGCCAAAAAGACAACAACUGGCAGUUUCUCUCUCAAGUUUGAUAACAAGAAGACAAAGCAAGCAGCCAGAAAAGAUAGAACUGGUGAGGAAGAAACAUGGCAAUUAUUUCGAUUUUACCCUGUGUUAGAGGAGCUUAUUGAAAAUCUUAACAAAGGUGAAUUGUCGAAGUCUGAAUAUUUGUGUAUGAAUGAACCAAGUCCACGUGCUCAGGUUGAGGCCCCGGUCCCAGAAGCACCAAAGAAAGGGGCAGCACGAGCAAGUAAUGCCCCUGUUAUUCCAGAAAAAAAAUCUACUCCUCAUUCAAUGAGAUCAAGACGAACUGCAACUUGGGCACAGGGUCAUCGCUCUGAUGAUGGAUGUUCAAGUGAUUCAGUCUUGAAGAAUGUAACAUUAGAUUUGAAAAAAAUGGGAAAGCGUAUUUUUAUAUUUAUGAUUGGUGGUGCAACUCGAUCUGAGCUACGUGUUUGCCACAAGCUGACAACUAAACUCAGGAGAGAAGUUGUUCUAGGUUGUACAAGUUUGGAUGAUCCUCCCCAAUAUAUGACGAAAUUGAAGAUGCUAACAGAAGAGAGACCCCCAGUGAAUGAUCGUCCAGUGUUCUUCUAACUCAUGCACUCUCCCACUGCAAUCAUAAAACUUUCAAGCUCUGUACAUAAUGAAGGGAAGAUUAUAGCCUGUGAGUACAGCUGGAGACUGGCCAUUUUGCAUCCAGCAAUGCUUCACUUGUCUUUAGCCUUCCUGGAAUUUAAAAAAAAAAAAAAAAAA